GUUGCAGAGGAAAGUGGUCAUGUGUGGCCCGUGGAGCAGCCGGCUCGCUCGCUGCAGGCAGAGGUGGUGCACGGAAGUGAGGAGCUGAGCCAGGACGUGCCAGCAGACAAGGCCGGUGCUGCGCUGGGACUGGACAGCAGGGACGAUGAUCACAUGGUGAUGCUGUCUGUGAUCCCGGGCGAAGCCGAGGAUGCACUGAGUCCAGAGACCAGCAGCGGCACCUGCGGGGCUAGAGGCGAGGAGGACUCAAAAUGCAAACUCAGAGAGAGCCUCUUUUCUGUGGACAGUGCCGUAGCAAACUUCCCAGACAAAGACGAAGAGUAUUACUCAGAGCCAGAAGUGGCAGAGUCUGAACACGCCCCGACAGAGGAGUCCAACAACACUGAGAGUCAGAAAUCCCCGAAGGUGAACUGUGAGGAGAGAAAUGUGACAGGAUUGGAAAAUUUUACCCUGAAGAUUUUAAAUAUGUCACAGGACCUUAUGGAUUUUCUAAACCCAAACGGUAGUGACUGCACACUGGUCCUGUUUUACACGCCGUGGUGUCGAUUUUCUGCCAGCCUAGCUCCUCAUUUCAAUUCUUUGCCCCGGGCAUUUCCUAGCCUUUAUUUUUUGGCACUGGAUGCAUCUCAGCACAGCAGCCUUUCUACCAGAUUUGGCACUGUAGCUGUUCCAAAUAUUUUGUUAUUUCAAGGAGCUAAACCAAUGGCUAGAUUUAACCAUACAGAACGAACAUUGGAAACUCUAAAAAUCUUCAUUUUUAAUCAGACAGGUAUAGAAGCCAAGAAAAAUGUGGUGGUAACUCAAGCUGACCAAAUGGGCCCUCUUCCCAGCACACUGAUAAAAACUGUGGACUGGUUGCUUGUAUUUUCCUUAUUUUUUUUAAUCAGUUUUAUUAUGUAUGCUACCAUUCGAACUGAGAGCAUUCGGUGGUUGAUUCCAGGACAAGAGCAAGAACACGUAGAGUAG